AGUUAGUACAGCUUGCUGCAGACCAGACAAGUACCAGACGUCCAGACCAGUCCAGACAGUGUCUGUUGCCCAUUUAAUUUGGCAUUUUUACAUGUUAUUUCGUGCAGCAACAACACGCCGCACUGCAAAAUUGUCAGAGUGUUAUUGCAAUAAUAGUAGUGCACUAUAUUGCACGACUGUAUGCAUCACUGUAGUAGUGUAAUCGUCAAUCGUCAUAUAGACAUACAAUCUUGUUCGUAAUCGCAGGCUGUAGUGCACUAGUGCUGUACUGAACAGCCGGUAGUUCGCUAAAAACUCGUAAUAUUCGCCAUUCGUUUCGCGAUCUGACGAUCUUGAUUGUGAGUGACGUCAUUCAUCAGCGAAUGUGAAGCCGUGAGUCGUGAGUCGUGACUGAAUCGUACAUGGUACAUUGAACAUUCGUACGGAAUACGGACAGUGUGUGUACUGUGUAGUGUGUUUGUUUCCAGUUUUUUGCUCACCCGUAUAUAUUUAGUAUUAGUAUACUUGUCUAUGCCCGUCGUCGUCCGUUUGUCUCGUCAUUUCAAUUCGCAGUUCCGUGCUGAACACAGUUGAAUGAUAAUUAUUUAAUAUUCUUGCCAUUGAGCAUUCGAUUUCCGAGUGUCGAGUGAGGGCUAAAACAGCGUCUCAAAAUGGGAAUGAGCAAUAGGACAGCGCUGCUGUCAGCAGUAAUAGUGACAUUUGGUCUUGGUACAUUGUAUUUGGGUUUGACUAUGAAAAGUGCGCGCCCUACCAAAGAUCCUAAUAGUUGGGACAUACUUAUAUUCACACAAACGUGGCCAAACACAUUAUGUUAUACGUGGAAAAGUAGUAAUCCUGCACACACAUGUAACUUACCAUCCGACAAGAAUAUUUGGACAGUUCAUGGCAUAUGGCCUACAAAACUUGGAACAAUAGGCCCAGAAUUUUGUAACAAAUCAUUGGUAUUUAAUCCUCAGGAUAUUUAUGRUAUAAAAGAUAAAUUAAACCAAUAUUGGAUAGAUAUAGAGAUUCCACCUAAAAAUACUACAGAAAGAAAUUCAUCGAGCAUAGAGACAGCGCAUAAAAAAGAAAGUAUAUACUUUCACGAAUGGGAAAAACAUGGUACAUGUGCUGUAGUACUACCAGCCUUAGACUCAGAAUUUAAAUACUUCAAUCAAGGAAUUGAAUGGUCUGAGAAAUUCAAUAUGAGAGACGUUUUAGACAAAAGUAACAUAAAAAUAAAUAGCACAUUAAACGUAGCUGAUUAUUGGAAGGCCGUGAAGUCUGWUUUGAAAACAAAUGUAUGGAUUGAAUGUGCAAUUAAACAUGAUACAAAGGAACAAAUGUUGGCUGAAAUAAGGAUAUGUUUUGAUAAGACUUUAAACCUAAUUGAUUGUGAUGGCAUUAUGAAACCUAGACAAGGGCAAAUGAAGAAAUCUCAUGCAUUAACUAAUUGUGAUAUUAAAAAACCCAUUUUGUACUUGGAUCAUGUUCCAGAACUGAAUAUUUCUACCAAUGCUAAUUCUACCAACUCUAACUCUACUUCUACAGAUUCUAUUCUUACAAACUCUAAUUCUACUGUUAAUGAGCACUCAAAGCUGUUGUACAGGUUAAAACGAAAAGUAUCUGAUCACUCAGAUGUGUGGAUAACUAAAAGUCCUCGUCAUUUUAACAGAUCACAUUCAUAUCAGCCUCGCACAGAUACUCCAUUUAAACAAAAUUUAAAUCGAUCAAAUUCAUACCCUUAUAUACCACGCAAAGAAUGGGAUAUAUUGGUGUUUUCUCAGUCAUGGCCUUAUACUUUUUGUCACACUUGGACUGUUAAUUCAAAUACUCACACUUGCAACUUACCAGCCAAUCGCAAUCAAUGGACAAUACAUGGAAUUUGGCCAUCAAAAAUUGGUGCAUUUGGUCCAUCUUUUUGCAACAACCAAACAACAUUUAGUUUAAAUUCUUUAAAUACGAUUAUUCCUGAAUUAAAAAAUCGUUGGACAGAAAUAAAAGGGUCAAAGACAUGGACGAGGAAACAAGAAGGCGAACUUUGGAGGCAUGAAUGGAUGAAACAUGGAACAUGUGCUAUAUCACUAUCAGCUUUAAAUUCAGAAUUAAAAUAUUUUAAUCAAGGGUUAGAAUGGUCUAAAAAAUAUGUACUGAGCGAUUUAUUGGAACAGGGAGGCAUUAAACCUAAUGGCAGUUAUCCAGUUAAUCAAAUUUGGCAUACCUUAAGAACUGGAUUGGGCAAAAACCCACAUAUUGAUUGUUAUUUUGAAAAUCGCACCAACAAACCUUAUAUUGAUGAAGUGCGUUUAUGUUUCGACAAAUCAUUAGCAUUGGUUGAUUGUGAUCCAUUCAGAAGAAACAGCAAUAGRCCAUCUACAAAUUGUCCUUUGGAUAAAGAUAUAUUUUAUAUGGGAGCAGUAGUUUAAUCUUGUUGUAAAUUAUAAUAUUAUUAAUACUGUGGUAUGCUGUGAUCAGUAAGAUCUGAAUAUAAUAUAAUACCUAUAUAAUUCAUAUUAUGAAUAUGUAUUGUGUAGUGUAGUAUAGUAUUUCAAUUAAAAAUUUUAGAGUUUUUUUAAAUAAAUUUUAAUAUUCAAACAAUAUAAUAUCGAGUAGCUGAUAAU